GGUUUCAAACCUCUGCAAAGAUGGCCGGAGCUGUUUCUGCCGUCGAGCAACCGUUGAAAAUCAUCACCGGAGCUGAUGACUUUGGAGCGAGCCUCAAGGACGCGAUGGUAUCCCACCUCCGUUCUCUCGGCAUAGACGUGGAGGAUACCGGAGUGUCCUCGUACUACUCCGCCGGAUCUGAAGUCGGCCGCCGCGUCUCAGCUUCAUCGUCUUCCGAAGUUCGCGGUUUAGUCUGCUGCGGCACCGGCGUCGGAGUUGCGAUGUUCGCUAACAAGUUCCCCGGAGUCUACGCCGCCACUUGUCUCUCCGUCGAAGACGCCGUGAACGCUCGAUCAAUCAGCAACUGCAACGUCCUCGCACUCUCCGGUAUUAAAACCUCCCCGGAAACUGCCAUAGAAAUCUUCGACGCUUGGAUCAAAACUCCGUUCAAAUUCCCUUGUCCUGCAUCCGGAUCCGAGCCAUGGAGCUCAGAUAUCUCUUCCUUCCUCGACAAUUCUCUCUCCGAGAUGGCUCAGAUCGGAAAAUCAACCGCCGGCGAUUCAACAACCAAAAAGAUCGAUGAAACAACCGCGUCUUGCGCGAUUUGCUGCUUGGCGAAGAACAGAGAGUUCACUCCAGUGGACAUCAUGCCGGGAGGCUCGAUGAAGAUCGUGAGGGAGACGCCGACGUCUGCGAUUGUAAGAUUCAAAGCGGGAAGUGUGGAACCGGCGCAUCACCACACAUUCGGCCAUGACCUUGUAGUUAUGAAGGGGAAAAAGAGUGUGUGGAAUCUGAGCAAGAAGGAGAGAGCUGAUCUCAUUGACGGCGAUUACCUAUUCACGCCGGCUGGUGAUGUUCACCGAGUCAAGUAUCACGAAGAUACUGAGUUCUUUAUCACUUGGGAUGGCCAUUGGGACAUUUUCCUUGACGAAGAUCUCGAAACUGCAAAGAAAGCCAUCGAAGAAGAAGCUUGAACCUUUUGCCUCUAUUGUUUUCUUCAAUGUGUAAACUUUGUCUAGUCUUUUCUCUCGAAUGUUGUAAGCUUUGAGAAUAAACUUUCUGAAAUUGAUGUACUUUGUAAGAAUGUUUGAUUUCAAAAGAUUGUGUCAUAAUACAAAUGCUUUCUCUUA